AUGAUUCAUGGUCCGCCGUGCAGGCUGCACAUCGGGGCUUCUGUAGGCUGCCCAGGUUUCCUGAGCGACAGGGACCUCGAGGACGGCCGCUACCCGCCCGGGCCCCGGCCGCCCGCAGGAGGCGGCGGCGGCAGCUGCCACCCCCAUCGUGACGGCCACGGAAACACGCUCGGCAGAGACAGCUAUCCCUCGUUCGGCAACCCACAAGGCACCGUGAUAGCAAAAAUCCUGUCUCCUAUCGUGUCCGUGGUGGUGGUGACCCUGGACCUGGGAGCGGCCAGCUAUUUCCAGUACAACAGGAGGAGGAAUUGCUUCAGGACAAAUGAACCAGAAAACAUCUUAGGCCUUCAAAAUCCACCCAUCGCUUUGAGAAAAGCUCCGUCCAGUCAAGAACCGCCUUCAUCACUCCCGUGAAGUUCCUUUCCUUCUUGGCUUGACCAGCUGCCCUGAAGGGUUUUCUCUUCUGUUUACAAUAGACGUGCUGCCUAACCAAGAAUUCCUAAUUCCUCAGACACCUCGAUCGAUCGUGAUAAGGUAGACAGCUGGACCUUGGGUUGUACAAAAGAUUGCUUGGUCUGUUGGUUCCAUCAUGAAUCUGGACAGAGAGAUUCCAGCUCUGGAAUGAGCUCCGAAACUACCGACCCCAGGCCAUCGACAUGGUCACAAAGCACAGGGGCAGCAGAAUGGCACGGGGGUCUUGGGCCGGGAAUGCCAUCAGCUUCUAAAAGAUGGAGACAGACUGCUGUUUGGGUUUCCAGCAAGCUGGGGUGAGAAGCUUGGCCGUUGCUGUAAGUUUCUUAGUUACGUCAGAAAUCCAGACCCGUUCACCACCGCCCGUGAAUCGGGAAUGAGUGAUUUCCAACAGUAACGGCAGAAUUUGCACGUUAUUUCAGCUCACAAAAGUAUUGUCAUCUGCAGAGGAUCAGGCUGGAUUUUGGAAAUUGAAGUGCAAAAUCGCUGAUGUGGAAACCGUCUCGGGGAAGUGAUCAGGGGGUGCUUUUUCCUGUGAAAUAGUACAGUUUCUACAUUGUUUUGGAGAAUGCCGGGUAGAAAUAGAGAUUUGCAGAUGUUGAGGCUUUUGGUAUUAUCUUUGAUCUUUGAUACUCUUUGGGUACCAGUUUUGAAGGCUACGGCAGUACUUUCCUUGGUUUAUACUUUUCUUUUUACUGGACUACAUGAUCUUCUAUCGUCAAACAUCUAAAAAAGUAUACUAGCCGUUUGCUUCUAUUUUAGUAAUACUUUAGGGGAGAGGAAAAAGGAUGGUUUGGGCAGAUGAGUAUAGCUUGAGUCAGCUGAGAUUAACGCUGAUAGAAUUUUAGAGUUUAAAUAUUAGAACCAAAGUCACUAGAAUCCGGAUCUCAUAAAGAGGACACGUUAAAAUUCCAAAUACGCAUGCUUUGUGCUCACCCUUAAGGAUUGAGAGCUAGGUCUCCCAAGAGAAGUUGAAAGCAGAAAGCAUUUGAAAGAGCUUCGUGAAAACGGAAAAGAACUUAAAACUAACGAUCCUGAUUAGCUGUCUCAGAAUUGCAUGACUUCCAUCCUGGAUUUAUAUAGAUUGGAGCCAUUUGAAGACAGCCUGUAUUUCCUAUUUUAAUACGAAUGUCCCAUGACUCUUCCCAAAUCUUGUUGAGCUUUCCCAUAAGUGAGGACGCCCACUAAACAUUCCCAUAUAUGAGUUUUCGUGGGGAGUUUAAUUUAACUCUUGUUAAAAAGUGUGUGUGUGUACACACACAGAUUUACACACAGAUAUACAUAAAUGGAACUUCCAAAAAAGGUAACUCCAUCCAUUUUCUGUAACUGUCAUGGACAACUUUUCAUCAUUUAAAAUACACGUAAGAUGGAAGCAACUUAAGUGUCCAUCGACAGAUAAAUGGAUAAAGAAGAUGUGGCACAUAUAUACAAUGGAGUAUUACUCAACCGUAAAAAGAAACGAAACUGAGUUAUUUGUAGUGAGGUGGAUGGACCUAGAGACUGUCCUACAGAGUAAAGGAAGUCAGAAAGAGAAAAACAAAUACCACAUGCUAACACAUAUAUAUGGAAUCUAAAAAAAAAAAAGGUUCUGAAGAACCUAGGGGCAGGACAGGAAUAAAGACGCAGACAUAGAGAAUGGACUUGAGGACACGGGGAGGGAGAAGGGUAAGCUGGGAUGAAGUGAGAGAGUGGCAUGGACAUAUAUACGCUACCAAAUGUAAAAUAGAUAGCUAGUGGGAAGCAGCCGCGUAGCACAGGGAGAUCAGCUCGGUGCUUUGUGACCUCCUAGAGGGGUGGGAUAGGGAGGGUGGGAGGGAGGGAGCCGCAAGAGGGAGGAGAUAUGGGAACAUAUGUAUAUGUAUAACUGAUUCACUUUGUUAUAAAGCAGAAACUAACACACCAUUGUAAAGCAAUUAUACCCCAAUAAAGAUGUUAAAAAAUAAAAUACAUGUAAGAGAAAAAAAAAAAGAAA